AAUAGUUUUUAAAACAUGCAGUCACAGUUUUCUAAAAGAAUUAUUGAAAAGAUCGUGAUUUUAUGCUGUUUCUUAAAGCUAAUAAUUGCUGGUGUUCUUCAACAAAGAUUUCCUUGUGCGCCAAUCGAUGCAAUCGCUGCCAAUGGUGCUGCAGUACCUGUGACUUGUGCUCUUAAAUCAAUUGGAGGCAAGGUAGAGCCGGUAUUUCCGACUUAUGUGAAAGUUUCCUCUCCUAUUUCGUACAGAUUAUUACCGAAGACGUCGUCGUUGGUGUAUAUUGCUCCACCAAUUAUUAAAACGGCCUCCGCUGUUGUCGCGACUGAUACGAAAAACGAAAAAGAAGCAGAAUACAUGGCCUAUCCAAGAUACUCGUUUAACUAUGGUGUUCUUGAUGGAUACACCGGUGAUUCAAAAUCGGCAUGGGAAGAAAGGGAUGGUGACACGGUGAAGGGCGAAUAUUCCGUGGUCGAGGCGGAUGGAUCAAUUCGGACAGUCACGUACACGGCUGACGAUCAUAACGGUUUCAACGCAGUUGUAACCAGGAACGAGCCUCCGAAAAAUAUGGUGAAACAAGAUGGUAAUUUGAAAGCAUUUUUACCACUGACUAUUAUUCCCAAUCCUCGUUAGAGAUAAAAAAUUUAUAUAACUAUUCUAUAAAGAUUGUAUUUUUAAAACAACGACUACAAAUGUAUAGAAUUUUUCAAUUUUAUUGUGAAAAA